GGCACUUGAAAGCACCGUCCGACACGUGAGCUUCAUGUGACUCGACGGCACAGCGUGUGCACGUACGUGCCCGCAGUCACAUGACCUGCACACACACACACACACACACACGCCCAUUAGACACUCACACACACUCCACGGAAGAAGCUCUCCUGCUCAUAACAGUCCGCACCUUAAACGGCGACAACACACUUUGGAGUCCGGGCUGCUCUCCGGGGAACUUUUUAAUUUUCGCGCGUGUUUUUUCCCCCACUCUCUCACUGCAAAAAGUGCAACAACUCUCCACACUUGGAUCGUGUUUUUUUCUUGAAGUAUUUACUUUGAGUUGUAAGAAGUUUAUUGCAGCCAACAUGGAAGGGAUUACGAGGGCGCAACCGCCGCCAUGUGCGGCAAAACACUCCUCACUGGAUAUGACGGACAUGCAAGGAAUGGACUUUCCGAUUUAUGUAUAUAAAUCCAGGAGAGGCAUGAAGCGAGUGGACGAGAACAAGGACACGUACAAGCUGCCGCAUCGAUUAAUCGAGAAAAAAAGGCGAGACAGGAUCAAUGAAUGCAUUGCACAACUGAAGGAUUUGCUGCCGGAGCACCUUAAGCUUACAACGCUGGGUCAUUUGGAGAAAGCGGUGGUGCUGGAGCUCACGCUCAAACACGUCAAAGCCUUGAGUGGCGUGCUGGAGCAGCAGCAGAAGAAGAUCGCGGAGCUGCAGAACGACCUGCAGAUAACUGACCAUGGCGGUGACGGCCCAGAGAUCAGCGAGCAGAUGUUCCGCUCAGGAUUCCAUCUGUGCGCCAAGGAGGUCCUCCACUACCUGGCGGGCCAAGACGCCAGUCGGGACCUGGCGCCGUCCCACGUCAUCAGCCACAUCCACAAGGUCGCUUCCGAGGUCCUCCAGCAGCGAGGCGACGCCGCCCCCCAGAGCUCGGAGAAACCGACGCAAUGUGCCGACCAGGCCCCGAGAUCCGCCGAGGGCGCGGCCAGGAACUGUGUCCCCGUCAUCCGAAGGACUUACCCCAACGGGACGGGGGAGCAGAGCGGCAGCGACACGGACACCGACAGCGGCUACGGGGGCGAACACGACAAGCGCGACGCCAAAGCGCGGUGGUCGGACAGCCGCAGGAAGGACGGGGAAGCGAAACGGACAGUCGACAGCAUCAAGAACGAGGGGGAGGAGCCCGGCGCCAAGAGGACGAGGUUUGACUCCGAAGACGCCCCGACGUCCGGCGGCGGCCCCGGCAGCUACGGGACUUUCUCGCCCAAUCAGCAGCGGCCGCUCUGCCUCCCCUUCUACCUCCUCCCUCCCGCCGCCGCCGCGUACCUGCCCUUGCUGGAGAAGUGCUGGUACCCGGCGGGCAUGCCGGCCGUCUACCCCGGCGUGGCAGACGCGCUGACCAUGGACCCUCCUGUCCUCCACAAAGCUUUCAAACAGCACACCCCGCCUUUAACCUCGGACGCCAAAGAGUAGCAGACCUCCCGCGUUAGCGUGAUGGGACACGAAAGUCGUAGAAGAAGACAAACUGUCACUGGCUGUGCUCAGAUGGCGCUCCGGAACACUGUGGAACCGUGACGACGGGUGUGCUUAAAGGAUUUACUUCUGGUUUUUGGACCACUUUUGUGUUGAAUGUUAACCCAGAAUGUAAGGGACAUAGAAGCCCCGCCCCCAUCCUACAAAAAAAAACUUUAGAGUAGGGAUGUUCCGAUGCUGCCGAUCACGAUACCGACCAUCCAUGAGUAAGAUACCAACACCGAUCACAUGUAUCAACUGUACAUUUUUCUAUUAUAUCAAGUACUAUUGACAGUUUUAACAAUAUCAACCAAAUAUUUCAACUAGUUCUUUAUUCUCUUUUUUUUUUACAUACAAUUGUCAAUAGAGCAAGAUAACUAAACAAUAAUGAAAAACUAUUGAUCGAUUGAAACUUUUAUUAGUAGAUUGCACAGUACAGUACAUAUUCCGUACAAUUGACCACUAAAUGGUAACACCCGAAUACAUUUUUCAACUUGUUUAAGUCGGGCUCUACGUUAAUCAAUUCAUGGUAAACUACUACUAUCUGCUAUUCAUUUAAACCAGGGGUGUCAAACUCAUUUUAGAUGGGGGGGCCACAUGGAGAAAAAUCUACUCCCAAGUGGGCCGGACUGGUAAAAUCACGGCACGAUAACUUAAAAAUAAAAACAACUUCAGAUCUUUGUUUAAAAACAGAACAAGCACAUUCUGUAAAUGUACAAAUCAUAAUGAUGUUGUUGGUGGGGUUUUUUUACACUUAAAUGUUGCGGUUAAUAGUAUUCUAUCUUUAUUUGUUGUUAUUUAUAUGUUUUGAAUAAAUUAUGUCACAAUGUUCAUCAGUCAACUCAUUGGUGUUAAUUUUCAAUCUAUCAAGAUAAAUGACAGUAUGUUAUUUACGUAGUUUGAUCAUUUUCCUCGACCGAUGUACUAACAUCACAUGGUUUAUUUUGCCCAUACCGUAUUUUUCGGAGUAUAAGUCGCACAGGCUGAAAAUGCAUAAUAAAGAAGGAAAAAAACAUAUAUAGGUCGCACUUUUUGGGGGAAAUUUAUUUGAUAAAACCCAACACCAAGAAUAGACAUUUGAAAGGCAAUUUAAAAUAAAUAAAGAAUAGUGAACAACAGGCUGAAUACGUUAUAUGAGGCAUAAAUAACCAACUGAGAAUGUGCCUGGUAUGUUAACGUAACAUAUUAUGGUAAGUCAUUCAAAUAACUAUAACAUAUAGAACAUGCUAUACGUUUACCAAACAAUCUGUCACUCCUAAUCGCUAAAUCCCAUGAAAUCUUAUACGUCCAGUCUCUUACGUGAAUGAGCUAAAUAAUAUUAUUUGAUAUUUUACGGUAAUGUGUUAAAAAUUUCACACAUAAGUCGCACCCCCGGCCAAACUAUGAAAAAAAACUGUGACUUAUAGUCCGAAAAAUACGGUAUGUAACAUAAUCUACAAAGAUACAAAUAAUUGCUAUAGCGACAUCCAGUGGACACAUUUAGAACAGCAGUUUCCUUCAUUCAAAAAUGUCAGUUUUAAUUUUUAUACUUAGCAAACUCGUCCCCACGGGCCUGAUCGGGCCGUACGUUUGACACCCCUGAUUCAAACCCUUUGAGCUUUCUCUCAAGUGUGAAACAUGAGGAGCUUAAGGAUAGCUCAAAGUCCACUUUUGUCCAGGGAAUUAUUCCCCCCAGUUUGUAAACAUUAGCAUUAGCUUGUUGUUUCGAGUUAGCUUAGCGGUUAGCAUGCCUCCUCUUGGCUUUCUCUCAGUGUGAAACAUGUUGAGCUUAAUGAUAGCUCAAAGUCCUCCUGUGUCAGGGAAUUAUUAUAUUAUUAUAUUCCCCCCAGUUUGUAAACAUUAGCAUUAGCUUGUUGUUUCGAGUUAGCUUAGCGGUUAGCUUAGCCGUUAGCUUAGCGGUUAGCAUGCCUGCUCUUGGCUUUCUCUGUGUGAAACAUGUUGAGCUUAAUGAUAAAUGACAACAAUACUUAAAAAUGCAGUUUAUUUGCCGUAAAGGAGGUGGUUAUUAUUAUUAUUAUUGUAUGGCCACACAUAAUUUACAGCUAGUCAGCCAGAGAGGAUCGGUGUUGGUAACCGGCUUUAAAAGGCCUACUUUUUCCACGGAAAUGGUCCCGAUGUAUCGGCACGUCCCUACUACGGAUGUAUUUGCACACAUGAAUGUAAGGAGUACACAGAAAGGCUGUAGAUACCGCUUGUAUAGAUCUACUGAUUUGUGUCGGAGCACACACACACACACACACACAAUAUAUCUCCACUCACCAGGCGGCCGAAGAUCUUGGGGAUCGACCCGUGUCGGCGAAGACUUCAGGGCGUGUUUGAUGAUCAGAACUUGGGGGGUUUUUUUUCAACAUUUGUGUUUCUACUACUUGUACAUCUCUAUUUUUGAUACGUGACCUAAUGAGUGUAUUUGCGGUGGCGGUUGUAGCCAUGUGCUGUAUGCCAGGAGUGUACAAAGCUUUUUUGUUGUUGUUGUUGUUGUUUUCCACCCGUAUCGCAGCUACCCUCAAUUUCCAGUCUGAUAUCAGCUCAUGAUGCCUUUUGACUCAUUUAGUGCGCACACUGAGGAUUGUUAACGUGUUUGCUUUACAUGUGGCAAAGAGAGUGAAUGUAAACAAAGUAGUUUUAUAUGUAGAAGAGGUACUUGGGGAUGAUGUUUUCUUGUCCGCAUUUUGUAAAAUGUUAUUAAAGUAUUAAUAAAGCAGU